CAUCGUGGAACGAUACUUACUCCGGCGAGAAAUUGUUAUUUCUGGUAUUGCUGGCAGAUUUCCUGGUUCAGACAACAUGAAUCUGUUACGAGAAAAUUUAUUUAAUAAAAUUGAUCUUGUUAAAACAGAACAUAAUCGAUGGAAAAUAGACCAUCCAGAAAUUCCAAAUAGAAUGGGAACAAUUAGCAAUGUGGAAAAAUUUGAUGCGGAUUUCUUCGGAUUAUCUUUCGAACAAGCACAUACACUCAUUCCCGAAACGAGAUUGUUACUCGAACAUUCUUAUGAAGCAAUAAUCGACGCAGGAAUCAAUCCAAAGCAAUUACGAGGAAAAAAUACUGCUGUGAUCAUAGGAACAGCUUUUAAUGAGUCGCAAAAGAAAUUUUUAUAUGAGACCGCUCAGGUAGAGAAAAUUAUUAAUUAA